AUUCGAUAAACGAAAAAUAAUCGAUGGUAAUUGAUGAAUGAAAUGUAAUUGAAAUUGUUUAUAUAUUGAAAGAAAAAUUUAUGAAUAAAUUUCAAAUCCAAUCCAAAUGAGUAAAUAUUUAACAAAACGUCCACAUUCUACAACGACUACGACGACGACAACAACAAAAACAUACGAUGAUGAUGAUGAUGAUGAAGAUACAUAUAACCAUACACCAAUAAAAUCAUCGACAAUAACAAAACAUAGACGUGAUUAUUCAUCACCACAACCUUUGUCACAACAACCACCAUCAUCAUCAUCAUCAAUAUCAAGAUGUCGAUCAAGAGAUCGUAGUGAAAGUAGCCAUAGUUCACCUGAUUCAUGGAGUCCAAGAUCACGUGAUGAUGGUAGUGGACAUAAUCAUCAUCAUCGAUAUAAUCAUUCAAAUCAUGUAAAUAAAUAUUCGGAUCGUAAUAGUAAUGUUAACAAUAAUAAUCGUCGACGUCAAAGAAGUCCAAUAGAUGAUGAUGAUGAUAAUGAUGAUGAUGACGACGAUGAUGAUGAAGAUGAUGAUGAAAUUGAUUCAAUAAAUAAUAACAAUCGUAAUAGCAAGUAUUAUGGACGAACAUCAAAUAAAAUUAGUAAUAAUAAUAAAUAUUCAAGAUUAUCAUCAUCAAGAUCACCACCACCUCCAUCAUCAUCAUCAUCAACGUUGAUUAGCCGUGGUCAUAAUAAUAGAUAUAAUAAUCAUCAUCAUUACAUUAAUAAUCAUAGAUCAACAACGAAUAAAUUGUCAAAAAGAUAUGAUGAUACAAGAAAUUCCUAUUAUAAUAAUGGCCAUAAUAGCCAUAAUUAUCAUCAUCAUCAAAAUCAUCAUUCAUCACAUCAUCAUUCGUCGUCGUCAUCAUCUUCAAUAUCGAAUAAAAAAUGUUUUGGAAAUUGGUCCGAACAAUUAAGUUCAUCGGGUAAACGUUAUUAUUAUAAUAGUAAAACAGAAGUAUCACAAUGGCAAAAACCUAAAGAAUGGAUCGAAUGGGAAGAACAACAACAACAACAUCGAAAUUCAACAAGGGAAUCAUCAUCGAAUAGCCGAUAUAAUUCUUCAACAUUUAAAAAUUAUCGUGAUCGUGUUAAUAAUAAUCAUCAUCAUAGCAGUAAAUAUCAUUAUCAUAAUGAUAAAUAUGACCAUAAUAAUCAACAACCGAAAUCUUAUGCAUACUCAAACCAUUCACCAUCCGAACGUUCAUCAUCAACAAUAUCGAAUAAUAAUGAUAGAUAUUAUUCACACCAUCAACAACAUAAUCAACAUCGGAAUCGUUCAUCAACAUCAAGACAUCGAUCAACAUCGAGACAUAGAUCUCGUAGCCCAUCAACACAUUAUUCCUAUCAUCAUAAUCAUAGUUCAUCAUCAUCAAGAUCUUAUCAUAAUAGACAUCGUCAUGAUGAUGAUGAUGAUGACAGUGAUGAAAGUGAUGAUGAUCUAAUUAAUCAUAGGAGUAAUAGUAGAAGUAAAAUGGAUAAAUUAUCAACGACAGAACAAUCAAUGAAUUCAUUGAAUCAUGAUAAUAAUAAUGAUGAUGAUGCCGGCAUUGGUGGUGAUUCAAAAUUGACUAAAAAUUCUAUCGAUAAUCGUCAUCAUGAUAAUUCUUUAGAUAAUAUCAAUAAUAAUAAUAACGAUUCAAACCUUAAAACAAUGGAUAACGCGGCAAAGAUUAAAGAUUCCAAUAAUAAAUUGGACGGUUGUUCACCGAAUUCUAUAUUACCUGAUUCAAAUCUAUCAUCAUUUUUGAUGAAAGCAAUGGCAUCGAUUGUAUCACAAACAUCAUCACCAUCUUCAAAUAAUAAUAAUAAUAAUAGCAUUCAUCAUAUGGCCACAAAAUUAUUACGACAAUUCAAUAUAAAUUCACAAGGUAUUAAUCUAUCGAAUACGGAAGAAAUAUUAAAUCUAUUAAGAAAAUUACAACAAAAAUCUGCCACAUUAAAAAAUUCACCAAAUGCAAAGUUGAGGAAUAAACAACAUCAGCUGUAUAAUAAUAACAAUACAAAUAAUAGCAAUUCUCGAUAUAAUCUACUAAAUAGUUCGGAUGGUAUUCGUCAAGAUUUAGAUCAAUUAUCUAAAAAGAUUAUUGUUCAACAAUCAGCCGAAUCGCCACCAUCAUCGUCACAUCAACAAACAGAUUCAAAAAGUGGUAAUAAUAAUAAUAAAGAUAAUAAUCAAUCAUCAUCAUUAACAUCGGCAAUAUCAUCUAUAACAAGUUCAAAUAUUGCCCAGAAUAAAUGUUCAUUACCUGAUUUAUCAAGAUUUCGUCAUUUAUAUCGUGAAGAUCUUGUUAAUCAUGUAACUGGUUGGCAUUCCGAACAAUUAGAAAUACAGGCGAAUACAUUAUUUGAACAAGCAAAUCAUAUUGGUAAUCAUUCAUGUACGAGAAUUUUGACUGAACUAAAAAAUGCUCGAAGCUUAGUACGAUUUACCGAAAUACAAAAAACAUUAUUAGAACAAAGGAUUCUAUUUGCCGGUCAACAAAUCAAAACUGUUGAAGAAUGGAAAAGUAAACAAUUUGUUAAUUAUUCUUAAUAUUUUGAGAAAAAUGAUAAAUUCUCUACAAAUGUUCUUGAACUCAACUCUUCAACGACAAACAACUACAACCAACCAAUCAAUUUUCCUUUUUUUUCUACGAAACAAAAAAAAUGAAAUUCUCUUUGAUGUGAUGAAAUUCGUACAUUUUAUUUCUAUUCUUCAAUAUUAUUAUUCAACUCUUGCAUUCAACUUCAAAACUUUUUCUUUAUUCAUCAAAAAAAAUUUUGUACAGACAAUAUACAUUGUCACAUACAUCAGGCCUGUUGUGUGUAUGUGUAUGUGAUGUAAAAAAAUUUAA